AGCGGGGCGGAGGGCCGUGCCGGCGAGCAGCGGCCGCGCCCGAAUGGCAGAGUCUGUGGACCGGAUCUGAGGGGCAGGACUGGGGUGGGGGUGGGGCUGCUAGGGGCAGGCUCGGGAGAGAUUCAUGGGGCUGAGGAGAUCCGAGGAGAUGCAGCUGGGGGAGGGGAGCGAGGUGCUCUGAAGAGAUUUGCGUUUGAAGCAUUUCGGGAGGUAUGAGCAGGAACUUGACCCUCUAGGGCAUGAAUACUGUGCUGUUCAGUUCUGAGCUGUGCUAGCAGUACCCUUCAAAGAAAGAGCAAUGGCUACAGCAGCAGCUUCUCACCUGAACCUGGAUGCCCUCCGGGAAGUGCUAGAAUGCCCCAUCUGCAUGGAGUCCUUCACAGAAGAGCAGCUGCGGCCCAAGCUCCUGCACUGUGGCCAUACCAUCUGCCGCCAGUGCCUGGAGAAGCUAUUGGCCAGUAGCAUCAAUGGUGUCCGCUGUCCCUUUUGCAGCAAGAUUACCCGCAUAACCAGCUUGACCCAGCUGACAGACAAUCUGACAGUGCUAAAGAUCAUUGAUACAGCUGGGCUCAGUGAGGCUGUGGGGCUGCUCAUGUGUCGGUCCUGUGGGCGGCGUCUGCCCCGGCAGUUCUGCCGGAGCUGCGGUUUGGUAUUAUGUGAGCCCUGCCGGGAGGCAGACCAUCAGCCUCCUGGUCACUGUACACUCCCUGUCAAAGAGGCAGCUGAGGAGCGGCGUCGGGAUUUUGGAGAGAAGUUGACUCGUCUGCGGGAACUUAUGGGGGAGCUGCAGCGGCGGAAGGUAGCCUUGGAAGGUGUCUCCAAGGACCUUCAGGCAAGGUAUAAAGCAGUUCUCCAGGAGUAUGGACAUGAGGAGCGCAGGGUCCAGGAUGAGCUGGCUCGCUCUCGGAAGUUCUUCACAGGCUCUUUGGCUGAAGCUGAGAAGUGCAAUAGUCAAGUGGUAGAGGAGCAGAGUUACCUGCUUAACAUUGCAGAGGUGCAGGCUGUGUCUCGCUGUGACUACUUCCUGGCCAAAAUUAAGCAGGCAGAUGUAGCACUACUGGAGGAGACAGCUGAUGAGGAGGAGCCAGAGCUCACUGCCAGCUUGCCUCGGGAGCUCACCCUGCAAGAUGUGGAGCUCCUUAAGGUAGGUCAUGUUGGCCCCCUUCAAAUUGGGCAAGCUGUUAAGAAGCCCCGAACAGUUAACAUGGAAGAUUCCUGGGCCAUGGAAGCUGCAGCCUCUGCUGCCUCUACCUCUGUUACAUUUAGAGAGAUGGACAUGAGCCCGGAGGAAGUGGUUGCCAGCCCUAGGGCCUCACCUGCUAAACAGCGGGGUCCUGAGGCAGCCUCCAAUAUCCAGCAGUGCCUCUUUCUCAAGAAGAUGGGGGCCAAAGGCAGCACUCCAGGAAUGUUCAAUCUUCCAGUCAGUCUCUACGUGACCAGUCAAGGUGAAGUGCUAGUUGCUGACCGUGGCAACUAUCGUAUACAAGUCUUUACCCGCAAAGGCUUUUUGAAGGAAAUCCGCCGCAGCCCCAGUGGCAUUGAUAGCUUUGUGCUAAGUUUUCUUGGGGCGGAUCUACCCAACCUCACUCCUCUCUCAGUGGCCAUGAACUGCCAUGGGCUAAUUGGUGUGACUGACAGCUAUGAUAACUCCCUCAAGGUAUAUACCUUAGAUGGCCACUGUGUGGCCUGUCACAGGAGCCAGCUGAGCAAACCAUGGGGCAUCACAGCCCUGCCAUCUGGCCAGUUUGUAGUAACGGAUGUGGAAGGUGGAAAGCUUUGGUGUUUCACAGUUGAUCGAGGAUCAGGGGUGGUCAAAUACAGUUGCCUCUGCAGUGCUGUGCGGCCCAAAUUUGUCACCUGUGAUGCAGAGGGCACCGUCUACUUCACCCAGGGCUUAGGCCUUAAUCUGGAGAAUCGGCAGAAUGAGCACCACCUGGAGGGUGGCUUUUCCAUUGGCUCUGUAGGCCCUGAUGGGCAGCUGGGUCGCCAGAUUAGCCACUUCUUCUCGGAGAAUGAGGAUUUCCGCUGCAUUGCUGGCAUGUGUGUGGAUGCUCGUGGUGAUCUCAUCGUGGCUGAUAGUAGUCGCAAGGAAAUUCUCCAUUUUCCUAAGGGUGGGGGCUAUAGUGUCCUUAUUCGAGAAGGACUUACCUGUCCGGUGGGCAUAGCCCUCACUCCCAAGGGGCAGCUGCUCGUCUUAGACUGUUGGGAUCAUUGCAUCAAGAUCUACAGCUACCAUCUGAGAAGAUAUUCUACCCCAUAGGAGAUGAGAAAUACCAGUUUCUUCUGCUCCCUAGCCAACCUCCCUUCCCUUAGUUCUUGGUUGUUAGUGGCUCAUAUAGAGUAGACUUGGCCUAUGUCUUGAUUCCAGCUGGGUAGUUCUAGAACUUCAGAAGCUCCAUCUUUUAGUGUUUUUUAUUUUCCCCUCCCCGCUUUCCACCUAAAUUUAGAGCUUUAAAAGAUGCACUGCCCAAAUAGGACAUACGAUGGUGUUAGCUGAAGUUUGAUUAGCAAUUAGGCACUUCCAAGGCUUUAGUAGAAAGAGCCACUUUAGCCCUUUGUGCCAUGUUUGACAUUUGCCCUUGUAUUAAAUCCUUGAUUUUUUUCCUUUUGGCUUUGAUGCCCUUGAUUCAUUGUUUCCUUCCUAUUAUAAUGUGCUUCAUCUGUGACACUUCCUCUUCAACUCUGAUUGGAUUCAGUGUGCAUGCUUCAGUGGUCUCUGCUCCACCUUUCAGUGACGUUUCAGACAUCAUAUUCCUGUAAUAUGAUGUCUCAGUCCAGUCAUCUUCACCAGUGUGAAAGCUCAUUCAUUUAGUGCUACCAAAGGGGAUACACAGGCCCUUUAGGAAGCAGUACCUCUUGGCUGGAGGAUCUGUGCCAUCUUGGAUUGAAAGUUGGAGAUGUGACAGAAUGGAUUGACCCUAGUUGGAUGGUAUUGACGACUUCAGCCUGGAAAUUGCUGGCCUUUUAAAGAAGCAUCUGUGGAUUGGAAUUAUGCCAAAGCAUUGGAAGCUGGGAAUAAGCGAACAACUGCUGAUACAGUCAGCAUACUUGGAUAGUCAUUAGGGCUCAUCAUUUUUCAUACUACCUCUCUCUUCUGGCCUGUGUCUAUUGAAAGUGCAACACAGGCCAGGGCCAACAAAGUGGGGAGGUGGACACAUUUUCAUGUUUAUUACUAAAACAAAGAGCAAAACUGUUGGUUUGUUAUUCUGUAUUUUCCUCAAGUGAGUUCAUACUAUUUGGUUUCAGGAUCUCUUUCCAUUUCUCUGCCAAGCAUUAAAUAAUUGAGAACUGUUUCUUCCUCA